AGCAGUGCGUCGCCGAGUCAGUGUUCAAUGUGUCGUGCGACAAACAACAACGUCGGGUUUGGGCGAGCGCAUAUCCGUUGUCCCUUCAGCCGUGUCGCUUCGCAGAGUAUCACGUACGUACGUGAAAGCGCGAGGAGACGCGCGUCGCGUCCGAACACACCGAAACGGCGUGAAACGUGCGUCGAGCGUGUGUCGUUGCUGCAUAACGUUUAGUGGUGGUGAUAAUGGUGCAUCGUCGUCCAACGUCCGUCCGCUCUGUCGCGUAACGAUGCAUCGUGCGCAUCACGUCCGCGACGACGGAACCGCGAUCGACGCGCGUUGUUGGGCGUAGCCGGCGGCAGCGAGAAACGGAGGAGCGUGCGUGUGUGACAAAAGCCUUGUGUGGGAACGCGCCGCCGUCUGCCAUUGUAAGCAGGCGGGAUCCUUCGCAGGGACCCCAUAUCCUCGGUGCAUCCGUACUCGCGCUCGCGUCGUGUGAGAGAAUAGAGACGCGGGCACCUACGUAUACAUAUAUACAUAUUCUCCCUCUCUCUCUUUCUCGUUGGAUCGCACUCUGCGUCCCCGGUCGCUGGAACAACAUUUCCGGUAAAACUCGACGCACUUAAGAGGAUCAACCGGAAGAAGCGAUCAGAGACGUGCGAGGCAUGUCGUCGUAGCAUCGUGCAAAACUCGUGGCGAGAUCUCGUGGAUUACGAGCGCGAGGUGAAGCCCCAGCAUGGCCAGCAGAUGACUGUUAGCCGAGCCGGUGCUCGUACUCGACUCUAAUAUGAGCGAAGUAGUGGCAGUGACGCCGACUGGUGGACCUACUCGCCAGGAAAGCGUGACACACAUCAAGCGGCACAAACUGGCCAGCUGUAAUGUUCCUCUCGUACACGGUCGGCCGAAUCCGUCGAUCGUCAGUCCGCGUAGCAGACUGACCACCCAUCAACGAAAUCAUAGUUUGGACUUCAGAUCAAUGGGUAUCCUACUACCGCCGGUGCCUCAGGCGGCCGCAACGACUCUGACGCAUCAUCACAGGAACCGAAGUCUGGACUCUGCUUUGCAACGGAUCCCGGAGGUGGACGUGACACCAAGUCCGGAAUGCGAGAAUCCCGCUCCUUCAUCGGUCUCCAAGACGACAACGGUAUCGUCGUCAUCAUCAUCAUCGUCGUCGUCGUCAUCGUCAUCGUCAUCGUCGGGGUCAUGCGGGAAGGGCGCUCGCACCGCGCGGGAACGCGAGGAUCUGGCCAGUCUCGGUUCUGACGAUUCCGGCAUCCUGUGUGGCUCCGACAGUGGCUCGAGCGACGCCACGAAUGCGCCCGCCACCCGGGAGUCCAGCGUGGAUCAUUUGCACAGCCGCGAGAGCCUCGACUCGGCCGUGUCGCAGCCGGGGGACUCGGUGUACUCGAUCGAUGUGGUGGACGGUGUGGAGAACGGUGCAGGUGUGGUGUCGAUGUCGAUGUCGGUGCCAGUGUCGCCCGUGGAACUGUCCACGCGUCUCAGUGAUAGUCCGACGUCCCUUGUAUCCCCCAAUGACAAGACCACCGAUCGUGAUUGUCCGCGAUCGUACAACGACACGAACGUUGUUGGUGAACCUUGCUCGCAAGAACCGCGAAUUACUAACGCGAACGUGCGAGAACGCAAUGGUGGUGACGAUUAUCAGCACCAGGAACGUGCCGAAAUCUAUCAAGGCGCUAUUACGCAAAUGGCAUCGCCGCCGUCCGUGGCCGACACGAGCCAGAAUGAGUUGGCCGGAGCGGCCAUGACUCUCUGCUGCGGUACGACUGCGACACAGCAGCAGGAAGCCGAGACGGUGAAGAAGCAACCGGAUGUUAUUCGUCGACAGCAACAAGAGACGAAGCAACCGAAACCGUCAGAAGGCUGUCUGCUGCGACUCUUCGAGAGUCAAAUAUUCGACAUGUCCAUGGCUAUUUCCUAUUUGUUCAAUUCGAAAGAACCCGGCGUUCAGAGUUAUCUAGGUAACAAGAUGUUCAGUUUUCCGGAUAACGAUGUGGACUUUUACUUACCACAGUUAGUUGUGAUGUAUAUACAACUUCACGAUAUAACAGAAGUCCUUUAUCCAUAUCUUGUCCAUAGAUGUAGACAAUCGGCAGAUUUCUCGUUAAAAUGCGCCUGGUUGUUAGACGCGUACAGUUCCGAUGCUCAUUUACCAUCAAAAAAGAAGUCUCAUGGGACCAAAUUGAAAAAUCUUAUUCUGUCAGAUGAACUCAGGCCAAAAGGAAAUGAGAGUCGAAGGCAGCGUGUCGCUGGAUUGCAAGUUCCUGCAUCAUCACCAUUGCCCCCGGCGCAAAAUCUUACGUCGCCGAAUAAGAAAACCCACCAAAGAUCUCAGUCCGACGCUACUGGAUUGUUCCAGACUAUACGCCGUAGUCAUUCCGGUAUAAUAAAUAAAGUAAGUCUUGGGGACCUGAGCUCUGGUCGAGCGUUUGACAAUGGCUGUACCUGCUUUUAUUCCUGCCAAGGUGUGGUGAACGAUUUGCGAGGCCAAAAAACAGAUUGUUUCUGCAACGCACCUCGACUCGCGCCAGAAUUCGAAUUUAUUCAAGCGUUAAUAACAAUUGGUAAAUUGCUCGGGACUAUCCCAACAAAGGAAAGUAAAACCGUUCAAUUAGUAGCAGAGCUCAACACGCUUAAUUUGAAUCUCCCUGCAAGAGUAUGGUUACCUUUGCAUAGUACGAUACCCCAUCAUAUCGUGCGAGUUCCUCCACAAUAUGCUGCUGUUCUUAACAGCAAGGACAAGGCACCCUAUAUAAUAUAUGUAGAGGUAUUAGAAGUGGAAGAUUUAUAUACGUCACCCGUGCCGACAAAAAUAAUGGGCAGUUCAUUGAGGCAUACCAAGUCUGAGGAAAAUUUAACGGGCGGCGAACAAUCCAACAUAUCCACUUCCGAUAGCCAGCAGAAUUUGGCGGUGCGACAGACACCUAUAAAAAAUAUCUCGCCCUACUCUGUUAGGAAUACAGACGUGACAUUUAAUUUUCCCGACGAUGAUCCUAACGAUUGUUGGAGUCAGGAGGAUGACGAGAUUACGCAGCAGUAUUUACAGCUUCGUAAGCCGAAAGAUCGAGAUACCAUAUCGCAAUUAAGUCAAGAUUCGUCCGACAGUAGAGAACCGAUCUUUGUGCCGGGUGACAUCAAAAGAAGAUUAAGCGAGAUGGCAGCUACGCCCAGUGCGACUUUUAGCCACGAUCCCGAGGAUCCAUCAGCGGCGGUCCUUAAGGAACCAUGGGAGCAAAAGCAACGACGCAUAAGAGCUUCCAGUCCGUAUGGGCACUUGGCGUCUUGGAGAUUACUCGCCGUGAUCGUGAAAUGUGGUGACGAUCUCAGGCAGGAACUUCUCGCCUCGCAGUUGCUUUCGAUGUUGCAAAAGAUUUGGCAGGACGAACGAGUGCCGCUCUGGGUGCGACCAUACAAAAUACUGUGUUUGUCCAACGACAGUGGUCUGAUCGAACCGAUCCUGAACACCGUCUCGCUCCAUCAAGUGAAGAAGCAGUGCCAAUUAACGCUUUUCCAAUAUUUCGAACGAGAGUUCGGCUCUCCUACCUCAGAGGCAUUCCGCAUAGCGCAGAGAAACUUCAUUCAGAGUUGCGCCGCGUAUUGCCUGGUCAGCUAUCUUAUUCAAGUGAAAGACCGUCACAACGGCAAUAUUCUGUUGCAUAGCGACGGUCACUUGAUCCACAUAGAUUUCGGAUUCAUUCUAUCGACCUCGCCAAGAAAUCUCGGCUUUGAGACCAGUCCGUUCAAGUUAACGCCCGAGUUCGUCGAAGUGAUGGGCGGCAAUCAAUCCAAGCUCUUCGAAGAAUUUAAGAGCCUCAUUCUUCAAGGUUUAAUCGCGGCACGGAAGCACAUGGAGAAAAUAGUCAAUCUUGUUGAGAUCAUGUUGUCGGGCUCUCAACUUCCGUGCUUUCGCAGCGGCGGGGCGGCGACUGUUCAAGGUCUCAAGAAUAGAUUCCACCUCACGCUAACAGAGGAUCAAUUACGUCGGCAUGUUGAGGAUUUGGUCGAAGGCAGCAUUCAUUCGUGGUCCACUAAACUCUACGAUCGAUAUCAAUAUUUCGCAAACGGCACUCUUUAAUAUCAAGAUUAAUAAUUCUUUCUGUCGCGUUUUGACUGAAGCUACUUUUUUGUAAGAUUGCAAAAAGGACAUUAAUCUUCAAGUGAACAUGUUGUGGUACUUCUUCCACACAAUUUUUACAUAGUGGGGUCGACCAAUCGCCAAGUGCACGUACCGAUUAGUAAGCGUACUUUCCAGUCAGUCUGCCGCGUCGGGAGAUCUGUUUUUGUACCGUAAUAACGCGUGAUAACAGAUCAAGAUAAAUUAAUUAUACAUUGCUGUUUAUUUUAAUUCGCGUUGCAGAUUAUCUCCGCAGUUAUUUGAUAAAAGAGUUUGCUUAAAUUGUAUUAGACUGCGAAAGACAGCUCCUACAAGUUUCAAUGUGCAAAUAAAGAAUAAUUUCGAUUAAUACAGCGGUUGCACGAUGGCGCAGAAAAAGACGAGACAUUCUUUUUAAGCAUGUGAGCUGAUUUCGAUUGGGCACAGCGCUUGUUUUCUAGCAUUCCACAAGCACAAAUGACGCUUAGAGUGGAAAAAAUUGCUUUCCUCUUGAAUAUAUAGACAGCCUCGAUGAGGCUAAACAUAUAGAAUUCGGAUAGAUCACUAUUCUUCGAGUUUUACAUUAUUCCUUACUUUCGUGGCGAGUAGGAACGAUACGAAAUAUUUUUAGCAAAAUUCAAAGCGAUCUCGGCAUUUAAUAAAUUUAAAAAAUCUCGAUUAGGAUAAUGGAAUAUAUGUGAAU